AUGAAUAUCAACACUCUCGUUCAAUUGAUAAUUCAAGUUGUUGAAAUUAAUUCACUUGAUAGCCCAACAAAGAAUACGUCUGAUUCAUCAGCACCACAAAUGGCAUUACCAGAUAAUAAUAGCUAUAUGAAUAAUAAUGAUGGAAUCAAUUCAUCACGGCCACAUACUCAAGAUAGUCAAGUAUCAAUGGAAUCGUCAAGAUCAACAUUACAAAGGUUAAUAAGAGAAAUGGAUGUUUACGGUCAUGGACGCUCUAAACCAAUUAUGGAAGAAGUUGAUCUUGAAUAUGAAGAACGACCUUAUCUUAUCGUUGAUUUAAGAGAUAGAGAUGACUACAAUUUAAAUCAUAUUAUCGGAGCUUAUCGACUUUUGUUUUAUUCUAAAAAAAAUAAAAAAGGAAAAAUUAUUGUACUUUAUGAUGAUGAUGAACGUAUUGCUCCAAAAGCAGUCACUAUUAUAGUUGAACGUGGUUACAACAAUGUAUUUUUAUUAUCAGGCGGUUUAAGAUAUUGUGCACGAAAAUUUCCCGAAGGUUUAUUAACUGGCUCAAUUCCAGCAUCUUGGACAAAACCUCAAACACCUAGUAUAAAAAUAAAAAGAACACAAUCAAUUGAUCAUAAUAGUACAAUGUCAGCACCAGGUACAAGUCAAUCACAGCGACCAAAUCAAGGACCUUAUAUAUCAUUACCUCAACGAGAACAUUUUACAUCAGAUGAUAUUGAAAAAUUAACUAAUGAACUCGAUUUAAAUUUGUUACCAUCAGAUUCAGGAAGUCGUCUAUCUCGUGCAUCAACAAUGGCUAGUAAACAGAGCAGUCGUUCUAGUAUCGCCUCUCAACGUUCAAAUGUAAGCAGUAUUCAUGAAAAACCGUGGAAACCUUGUUGA